UGUGCAUCUAAAUGCUAGAUAAUUACUUUUCUCAUGCGAUGAUUUCGUGCACUAUCCAAGGCUCCCCUAAGUGUGGAGUGUCCAGACGGUCACUCUUGGCGUCCGGACGGGUGGAGCUUAGUCGUCCGGAAGGGAUCAAGUUACGUCCGAACGCCCGCAGCAACCAACGGCCGUAUGGUAAGGAUACUCGUUCGGACGCACGCGACCUGUCUGCAUGGUUCUGAGGCAGCGUGCAUCCGGAUGGCAAUAAUACACCGUCCAGACGGGGACCCCACAGGCCCUAUAAAUAGCUGGUCGCCGCAUAUUCUCUCUAUCCCACCAAAAAGUUUCCUUUUGGCAUCUUAUGAGUUAUUUCUUGCGAGCUUUUGGCUUUAUCUCCCUGUUUCUUGUCUUUUUGUGCAUUCCUCUCACAUUCCAGCAUCAUGUCUGCAGUCAGUUCUCAGCGCAGGGUCCGCCUGAGGACAGAGGAAGAUAGAAGCGCACUACAAGCCAAAAUCAUGGACUGUACAGUCAUUGCCGAGUGCAAUGUGGUUCACUCUGACAUCAUGGUGCCUCCUCUGGAUAGUAUUUAUGACAUUAUCUAGACUUAUCAUUGGGGAUAUCUUUACACCUGUGCCUGUGUUGUCCUCACCAGGCUUGUCAGACUCUUCUAUGCCAACCUAGAGGUGGCGCAGGACGAUGACAGUGGGUUGGUACUUCAGUCCACUGUUGACGGGCAUAUCAUCAUUGGUGAUCCCCAUAUCAUCAGUCACUUCAUCGGAGUACCAGUCCUUGAGUUGCUCGGAAAUCCUUAUAAUGAGGCGGUGCUUCCUCCCUUUAUGGACGAUCUUCGAGAGUUCUUCCAUGCAGUUCCACAGGGUGAAGAGCGUGGUACCACUAUCCGGAUCAGCGCAUCGUCUCCUUCUCAUCGCUUGCUGGCCAAAAUAGUUCAGCACAACCUAUGGCCAAUUGUCAGGCGCAGUGACCUGAUUCUGAAGAAGGCCAAGUUCGUUUAUGCCAUCCAUCUCCGCUUGCCUUUCUGCCUGUGCAAGCAUAUUUUGGGCGUUAUGUUAGAGACCCAUGAUGAGGGUAAUAGCGGUCUCCCCUUUGGCUGCCUACUCACUCAGAUCAUUCUUCAGUCGGGAAUCAACAUUAUUGGAGAACCUAAGAUGAAGAUUCAGCAGCCUAUCAGCAAGCAGACUUUAAUGAAGUCUAAUGUACAGCUGCGGAGAGAUGACUCUGAUGAUGAGGUGCCUAUACCUGCUGCUAUGCCAGUCAGCUUUCCAGACAUAGCUUCAUCCUCUCAGACCGUCCUGCCUUCUGAGUCGGAAGUCAAUUAUUCUCAGAUAAUGGAGGCCUUAACUGCCAUUCAGGGAGGCAUGAGCACCAUGCAGCUCUCUAUGACCUCCACGCAGCAGUCCAUCACUUCUAUGCAGCAAGAGGUGCACUCCAUCAACAAGCGUGUGGAGCAGAAUCAGCUAGAUUUCAAAGAGUGCCUCAACUAUCAUCAUCCUGACAGUAGUGAUGAUGAGGAUGUUGUGCCUAGGACUGCACCCAACUUGAGUUUUCCUUUGUUUUGUUGUCUUUUUGUUGUUUAAGACAUUUGGUUUAUAUUUUGCUAUGUUUUGUUGACUUGUGAACUAAUAUUACUCUGUUUACCCUGGUCCUUCUGAGACCGUUAGGAGGAGUAAUUUUUAUUGCAGUUUGUUUUUUUUAUUACUCUGUUUUACCCUUUGUCCCUUUGUGACAAAAAGGGGGAGUAAUUUUUAUUUUUGGACCGGGAAUGUAUUUCCAAACCAGUCAAGUGAUUUUUGUCCCAGAAUGGCCAAAGGGGGAGUUUGUUAGUUUGUGAUUCGCCUCAUUCUGAUUGGACAAAAUCACUUGUAUGUAAAGAUGCUUUUCACAGGGAUUCCACUAUUCUAUGCUUCAGAAGAUUCUGCACUGCCUGCAAAUCAGAAGAUUUUUGGUUCCCUGUCAAUCAUCCAGGCAACGUGUCAUCCCGUCCGGACGCUCAUCGGUCCACAGUUCCAUCCAUCCGGAUGACGUGCCAUUCCAUCCGGACGCCCGACAGACCAAGCAUCAUUCGUCCAAACGACGUGGAUUUCCGUCCGGACCCUCCACUGAAUUGUGAAGCUUCAAUUCCAACUUGCAUCCGUCCUAACGACGUCCAGUGAUCGAUCAGCUUCAGAUUAUCUUUCCAAGUUCAAAUAAGGGAAGAUUGAUGCAACCAUCCGGAUGACGUGGAUUCCCGUCCAGACGCGCUCAUACAUAAGGCAAGAAUCGCAAUUCAAAUACAACCGUCCGAAUGUCAGUCAGCUUGGCCCGGACGCACGUUCAACAGAUAUGGAAAUUGCGUAUUCAACUUCAAUCGUCCGGACGCCUGCCGAUACAUAGACCGGACGCGCGCUAAACAGAUAUGGAAAUUGCAUGUUGAAGAUCAAUCGUCUGGACGGCCAUCCCCCUUGGUCUGGACGCGCAAAACCUUAUAUGGAAAUUACUUGCAGUGGACGUGUGACCGUCCGGACGCGUCUUUCAAAUAAGAAAGAUUUUCAGCAAAAAUCUCAGUAUUUUCUGUUGCACAAUUGUCCGUCCGGACGGCUCAGGUUCACCAUCCAGACGGCGUCCGUACUUAUCACAGUAGUCACCCAUUUUAAGCCUCAUCCUAUAAAUAGAGGCCUCUGGGCAUUGAGAACUGCAAGAAUUCGGUAUUGAAUUCCAUCAGAGCUUAAAGACUUAUUUUGUGAGGUUAUUGGAGCUAAUUUGUUCUCUCUCAAGCCAUUGCAAGUGUGCUGUUGCUGUGCUAUAACUGAAGUCUAUCUUAGGGGUCGGCCUUAAGGUAAAUGAUUCCAUUGAACACCCCUUCAGGUAGGAGACCUGGUUGGGAGGCAUUCGUGUUGGGUUACACGUUAGAGAGCAAGGUACGACCACUGCAUCAGGGGUAUGUGAGUGUUAUUAUCUUGUAUCUAGUCUUGUCUUCUGAAUAGUGGAUAUCCUGGAUUUGGCUACCCCGGAGUGGUUUUUCUCA